AUGCGCACCUCGUCCGCCUCCACUUCGUCGCCUUUAGCGGCAGCCAUGGCGGCGGGCGUCGACCAGCAGCCCCUGCCAUUUUUCCUACUCCACAGCGUGGGCGCCGGGGCCCACCUCCUGCUCGCGCUCGCCGUCGCGGGCCGGCUCCUCUUCGCCGCCGCCGCCGGCCGCCGCGGGAAGGAGUCUGCGGCGUCAGGGAGAGGCGGCCCCGGUGCCGGGUUGCCGUGGUGCCGCCUCGUGGUGCGCGCCACGUGGGCUCUGGCGGCGUCCGAGGCCGCGUACUCACUCGUCUCCUGGUACCUGGACGGUGGGACCGGGUGGGGGGCGCCCGACGCCGACGUAGUGGCGGACCAGGUUGACUACGCGACGCGCGCGGUCGCGUGGCUUCUGCUGGCGGCGUACCUGCAGCUCGAGUACGGGCCGUACGGCCCCCGUAAGGAGGAGCGGUUCCCGGCGCCGCUCAGGCUCUGGUGGGCGCUCUUCUUGCUGCUCUCCGUCCUCGCAGUCACCGUCGACGUCGCUAUGACCCUCCAGUACAAACUCCCCGUGCCCGCCCUCUCGUGGGCGCGCGACGCCGUCUCGGUCCUCGUGGGCGUGGUGCUGCUCGUCGCCGGAUUCUCGGCCAAGAGCGAGGCGAUGGGCGGCUCUGCUUCCGAGGAGCCUCUGCUCAAUGGCGCAAGCAACACUGCCGCCGUCGACGCUUCCAUUUUCACCGGCGCCGGCUUCUUCAGCUUCCUCACCUUCUCCUGGAUGGCCCCCCUGCUCGCCGUCGGCCACAGGAAGACGCUCGACCUCGACGACGUCCCGGACCUUGACAUCGGCGACAGCGUGGCCGGCCUGCUCCCUUUGUUCAAGGCCAACCUCGAGGCGCUCACCGGCGACGGCUCCGGUGGCCAGAAGGUCACAGCGUUCAAGCUCGCCAAGGCCCUUGUGCGCACUGUGUGGUGGCACAUCGCGUUGACAGCGCUGUACGCUCUGAUAAACACCAUUUCCAUCUACGUCGGCCCAUACCUCAUCAACUCCCUGGUACAGUACCUCAACGGCGACGAGAGGUACGCCAGCAAAGGGAAGCUCGUCGUCGUCAUCUUCAUCGUAGCCAAGGUGUUCGAGUGCUUGUCGCAACGCCACUGGUUCUUCCGGGUGGAGCAGACUGAGAUACGCGCGCGGUCCGCGCUCGUCUCCGUCGUCUACAAGAAAGGGAUCUCCCUGUCGAGCACCUCGCGACAGAGCCGCACCAGCGGUGAGAUGAUCAACCUCAUCAGCGUGGAUGCCGACCGUGUCGGCUGUUUCUCAUUGUACAUGCACGACCUCUGGUUGGUGCCGCUCCAAGUAGCCAUGGCAUUGUUCAUCCUCUACUCCACCCUCGGGGUUGCCUCCUUUGCGGCGCUCGGUGCCACCGUCCUCUUCAUGCUCGCCAAUGUGCCUCCGAUGCAAAUGCAGGGGAAGUUCCAGCGGAAGCUCAUGGAGUGCAAGGAUGUCAGGAUGAAGGCCACUUCUGAGAUUCUGCGCAACAUGAGGAUUCUUAAACUGCAGGGGUGGGAAAUGAAGUUCUUGUCCAAGAUCAUUGACCUCAGGCACAAAGAGGAAAGCUGCCUCAAGAAGUAUCUCUACACGUCGACCGUGGCCACCUUUGUGUUCUGGGGUGGCCCGACCUUCGUCGCCGUCGUAACAUUUGGAACUUGCAUGCUCCUAGGGAUACCACUCGAGUCAGGGAAGGUGCUGUCUGCUUUGGCCACGUUCCGGGUGCUUCAAAAACCAAUAUACAACCUUCCUGACACAAUCUCUGUCAUGAUUCAGACUAAGGUGUCUCUGGAAAGGAUAGCGUCUUUCCUAUGUCUCGAAGAGUUGCCUAUGGAUGCUGUGCUGAGGUUGCCCAGUGGUAAAUCUGAUGUUGCAAUUGAGGUAAGCAAUGGGUUCUUCUCCUGGGAUGCCUCAUCUGAAGUGUCAACUCUGAAUGACCUGAACUUUCAAGCUCGGCAAGGCACGCGUGUUGCGGUCUGCGGGACAGUCGGCUCUGGAAAAUCAAGCUUGCUCUCGUGCAUUCUUGGUGAGAUGCCAAAGCUAUCAGGAGAGGUCAAGACUUGCGGGACAAUGGCAUAUGUCAGCCAGUCGGCAUGGAUACAGAGCGGAAAAAUUCAGGACAACAUACUUUUCGGCAAGGAGAUGGACAGUGAGAAGUAUGACAGGGUCCUUGAGUCGUGCUCGCUGAAGAAAGACUUGGAAAUAUUACCAUUCGGUGACAAGACGAUCAUCGGAGAGCGAGGCAUCAAUCUCAGUGGUGGCCAGAAGCAAAGGAUUCAGAUAGCCCGAGCUUUGUAUGAGGAUACCGACAUUUAUUUAUUCGAUGAUCCGUUCAGCGCAGUCGAUGCCCAUACAGGAUCACACCUCUUCAAGGAAUGCUUGCUUGGGGCUUUGGGUUCAAAAACAGUGGUUUAUGUUACUCACCAGAUUGAAUUCCUACCUGCAGCUGAUCUUAUUCUGGUAAUGAAAGGUGGAAGAAUAGCACAAGCAGGCAAGUACAACGAAAUACUUGGCUCAGGGGAAGAGCUAAUGGAAAUGGUUGGUGCUCAUCAAGGUGCUCUUGCAGCAUUGGAUGUGAUUGAUAUUGCUAAUGGAGGCAGCGAGGCUUUCUCUUCCAGUGGCGCUGCAAGCCUUUCCAAGUCAUUGUCCACAGCUGAGGGGAAAGAUAAACUAAAUGGAAAAGAAGAUGUUGAAAAGGUUCAGAGUGGGCAGCUGGUGCAGGAAGAAGAAAGGGAAAAAGGCAGGGUUGGGUUCUGGGUCUACUGGAAGUACCUUACAUUGGCUUAUGGGGGAGCUCUUGUACCAUUCGUGUUGAUAGCUCAGACACUUUUUCAAGUACUUCAGAUUGGUAGCAAUUACUGGAUGGCUUGGGCUUGUCCAGUGUCGGAAGACUUUGAGCCUCCAGUGAGCAUGUCGACACUGAUUUACGUCUUUGUUGCAUUGGCUGGUGCAAGCUCGCUGUGCACCCUUGUAAGAGCACUAUUUCUUGUGACAGCUUCAUAUAAGACAGCAACCAUGCUGUUCGACAAGAUGCACAUGUCCAUAUUCAGAGCUCCUAUGUCUUUCUUCGACUCCACUCCGAGUGGGCGUAUCUUGAAUAGAGCUUCAACUGAUCAGAGUGAAGUGGACACAAGCAUUGCUAACAAGAUGGGUUCCGUCGCAUUUGCCAUCAUACAACUAGUUGGGAUUAUUGCCGUGAUGUCUCAGGUUGCAUGGCAGGUGUUUGUUGUUUUCGUUCCUGUAAUCAUUGCCUGCUUGUGGUAUCAGCGCUACUACAUCGAUACAGCCAGAGAGCUGCAAAGGUUAGUAGGGGUUUGCAAAUCUCCUAUAAUACAGCAUUUUGCAGAAUCAGUUGCUGGAUCAGCAACCAUCAGAAGUUUUGGAAAGGAAAAUCAGUUUGUAUCAACUAAUAGCCAUCUAAUGGAUGCCUUCUCUCGACCAAAAUUAUAUAAUACUGCAGCAAUGGAGUGGCUUUGCUUCCGCUUGGAUGUGCUAUCUUCACUUACAUUUGCGUUCUCUUUGAUAUUUCUGAUCAGUCUACCGACUGAUCUCAUUGACCCAGGAAUUGCUGGUCUUGCUGUCACAUAUGGGCUUAAUUUGAACAUGCUGCAAACAUGGGUAGUCUGGUGCAUGUGCAAUUUAGAGAACAAGAUAAUAUCAGUAGAAAGAAUUCUUCAAUAUAUCAGCACUCCGGAAGAGCCCCCACUUUCAAUGUCAGGAGAUAAGUUUCCUCAUAACUGGCCGUCGGAGGGUGAAAUUCAGCUGCAUAACAUCCAUUUGAGAUAUGCUCCACAACUGCCAUUUGUUCUGAAGGGCCUUACAGUCACUUUUCCUGGAGCCAUGAAGACUGGUAUUGUUGGAAGAACAGGCAGCGGUAAAUCAACUCUUAUACAGGCCCUUUUCCGCAUUGUGGAUCCUACUAUCGGUCAGAUACUAGUAGACGGUGUCGACAUUUGCACCAUUGGACUGCAUGAUCUGAGAUCUAGGUUGAGCAUCAUUCCACAAGACCCAACGAUGUUCGAAGGAACAAUAAGGAGUAACCUUGACCCUCUUGGAGAGUACAAUGACAAUCAAAUUUGGGAGGCCUUGGAUAACUGUCAGCUGGGAGACGAGGUCAGGAAAAAGGAGCUGAAACUUGACUCACCAGUGAUAGAGAAUGGAGAGAACUGGAGCGUGGGUCAGCGCCAGCUUGUCUGCCUUGGCAGAGUGAUUCUGAAAAGGACCAAGAUACUGGUUCUGGACGAAGCCACCGCCUCAGUGGAUACCGCAACGGACAACUUGAUCCAAAAAACACUACGGGAGAAUUUUUCAGAAGCAACGGUCAUCACGAUUGCCCAUCGAAUCACCUCGGUCCUUGGCAGCGACAUGGUCUUGCUUCUUGACAACGGUGUGGCGGUGGAGCUCGACACACCGGCCAAGUUGCUGGAGGACAAGUCGUCUCUCUUCUCAAAGCUCGUAGAAGAGUACACGAUGAGGGCGACACAUACAUAGCGAAAUAAGCGAAAAACCCAGCUAUUCUCACAUGCCGUCGAGGCUUGAUUAGGGAGUCUGACAGUUAACGAUGCCGAAAAAUUACUAGUAGUUGAAAUGUGAAGUACUGGCAGAUUGACCAUGGUGUUAGUGCUGCAAAUUCUAGCGGCAACUUUACAUUGUCUGAAGCAA